AAUUACCGGAGAAUUGUCCAAUUUAGCCAAAAAUAUUUUAUAAAAUACACAAUUUUUUCUUCUGGUUUGUUUGUCUGUUGCUUAUGUAGUCCACAUUGACCUCUGAUUGAACUACGCUUUUGUGUUCCACCUCUCUGUUUCUUCCAUUGAUUAAACAUCGAAAAGGAAGUUGUAGCGUCUCAACUCUCAACAGAGCUAUGGGUUCAAUACAGAAUGAUUCAUCACUUGCACAAGAAGAAUCUCUUCUUCAGGAUGAAGAGAGCAGACAAUACACAGGAGAUGGUUCGGUUGACUUUAAAGGGAGACCUGUUCUUAAGCAGAAUACCGGCAAUUGGAAAGCUUGUCCGUUUAUCCUAGGCAAUGAGUGUUGCGAACGUUUGGCAUACUAUGGCAUUGCGAAAAAUCUUGUUACCUAUCUCACCCGCAAACUACAUGAAGGAAAUGUCUCUGCUGCAAGAAAUGUCACCACUUGGCAAGGUACUUGUUAUCUUACACCACUUAUUGGAGCCAUUCUAGCAGAUUCUUAUUGGGGGCGAUACUGGACAAUCGCUGUUUUCUCCGCAAUUUAUUUCUUGGGAAUGUGUACUUUGACUCUAUCUGCAUCUGUUCCGGUAUUGAAGCCUGCAGACUGUUUUGGUUCGUCGUGCCCUCCUGCUACACCUGCACAAUAUACUUCCUUCUUCUUUGGUCUCUACCUGAUUGCACUUGGGACCGGUGGUAUUAAACCAUGUGUGUCAUCUUUUGGGGCAGAUCAGUUUGAUGACACUGAUCUCCAAGAAAGGAUUAAGAAAGGAUCAUUUUUCAACUGGUUUUACUUUUCUAUCAACAUAGGUGCCCUUGUAUCAGGCACUUUUAUUGUAUGGAUUCAAGAAAAUGUAGGCUGGGGUAUUGGAUUUGGCAUUCCUACUUUAUUUAUGGGAUUAGCUAUAGGAAGCUUCUUUUUAGGCACACCCCUUUAUAGAUUUCAAAAACCAGGUGGAAGCCCUAUUACUAGAAUAUUCCAAGUUGUGGUAGCAUCUUUUAGGAAGCGGCAUUUGGUUGUCCCUGAGGAUAGUAGUCUCUUGUAUGAGACACCUGACAAGAGAUCUGCAAUUCUAGGAAGUCGAAAACUGGAGCAUAGUGAUGAGCUAAGGUGUCUCGACAGAGCAGCUAUACUGUCUGAUGCUGAGAGGAAAAGCGGCAACUAUUCUAACUUGUGGAGACUUUGCACCGUGACACAGGUGGAGGAAUUGAAAACUUUGAUCCGAAUGUUACCUAUUUGGGCAGCAGGAAUCGUUUUCAAUUCUCUUUAUGCCCAGCUGUCAACAUUGUUUGUGGAACAAGGAACUAUGAUGGACACAAGUAUAAGUUCAUUCAACAUUCCUCCAGCUUCUCUCUCAAGUUUUGAUGUAAUAAGUGUUAUUUUCUGGGUUCCUGUCUACGACAGGAUUAUAGUUCCAAUUGCAAGGAAAUUUACAGGCAAAGAACGAGGCUUUUCGGAGUUGCAAAGAAUGGGAAUUGGCCUUUUCAUUUCAAUCUUUAGCAUGUUAGCAGCUGCUAUUGUUGAGAUUAAGCGUCUGCAGCUUGCGAGAGAGCUUGACCUUGUUGAUAAACCUGUUGCAAUACCACUUAGUGUAUUUUGGCAAAUACCUCAAUAUUUCUUAUUUGGAGCAGCUGAAGUGUUCACCAAUGUGGGACAACUUGAAUUCUUUUACGACCAAUCUCCAGAUGCUAUGCGGAGUUUAUGCAGUGCUUUGGCACUUUUGACUACUUCAUUGGGGAAUUACUUGAGCUCUUUCAUUCUUACUGUUGUAACUUACUUCACUACUCAAGGCGGAAACCCUGGGUGGAUUCCAGCAGAUAACUUGAACAAAGGUCAUCUUGAUUAUUUUUUCUGGCUUUUAGCUGGACUUAGCAUCGUAAAUAUGUUGGUGUACAUAGUUUCAGCCAAGAAGUACAGGAAGAAAAAAGCUUCGUAGGAUUUUUUAGGCAUUGAUUAGGAACGUGGAACCACUUUUUAAUGUUUCCUUCUGUCAUUAUCGUGAUUGUUUCGUAUAUAUAUAACAUAUGAAUAUUCUAUAAUUAUUAUGUACUUUCUUUCACUUACAAUAGGAAAAUAUCUGGUUCAAAACUGUUCAUUCCUGAUCUUGUGAUAUGUAAGUUGUAAGAUUGCUUGCUCCUCAUUUAUGUCAACUAUCGGCAAUUACUCGUCA